CGACUGGGCUCGCUUGAGCCGAUCGAAGGUGUGAUGGUUAAUUGGGACUACACAACACGAUGCGUAAGUCUCAGAAUGCCAGUCAAUUUCAGCCAACAUUAUCGCCCAAAAGAUAAUCCAAAUUCCGGCCGUGCUCGACAGAGGGAGUCGAGCCCGAGUCGUGAAUAUCGUUACGGCGUUACCAAUCGAUUACGCAGCCACAUUUACAGCGUGAUUGUCGACUAA